AUGGCGACGUGCAGUCUCAAUGAUGUGCAGCCGCUGCAGAGCCCGCUGGAGGACGCCCUGCAGGAGGCGGGGUCUCAGGAGGAGAGGGAGAGGCUGGUGCUGGAGUAUCUGGAGAAGGUGAAUGGGCGGGCACCAGGGCUCAGGGUGCCAGACUUCUCCCCAGGUCUAGAAUGGCUGAACACGGACACCUGCAUUUCCCUGCUCCGGGAUCUCAGUGGGAAGGUCGUGGUCUUGGAUUUCUUCACUUACUGCUGCAUCAAUUGUCUGCACAUCCUCCCGGACCUGCACGCUCUGGAGCAGCGCUUCUCUGACACAGACGGACUCGUCGUCAUCGGCGUGCAUUCAGCCAAGUUUCCUAACGAGCGGGUUCUGGAUAAUAUACAGAGUGCCGUCCUCAGGUACAACAUCACCCACCCGGUGGUGAACGAUGCCGACGCCACCUUGUGGCAGGAGCUGCAGGUGUCUUGCUGGCCGACCCUCGUCCUGCUUGGCCCUCAGGGGAACCUCCUGUUCUCGCUGGUUGGAGAAGGACACAAGGAGGACUUGUUCCUCUUCACCUCUAUGGCGUUAAAGUUCUACAAAGCGAGACACGAACUAACGGAGCACAGGAUUCCCCUGCGACUGUACAAGGACUCGCUGCCCCCGUCACCGCUGCUCUUCCCCGGUAAGGUGGCUGUAGACCCGUCGGGUGACGCUUUGGUGAUCUCUGAUACUGGACACCACAGAAUCCUGGUUGUGUCCAAGGACGGCCGGAUCCUUCACACUGUCGGAGGUCCUGACAGCGGCUGGAGGGAUGGCGGCUUCUCAGAAUGCCUGUUUAAUUCCCCUCAAGGCGUGGCCGUCCAGGACAGGAACAUCUACGUGGCGGAUACAGAGAACCAUCUCAUCAGGAAGAUUGAUCUCGACGCACUGACAGUGAGCACCGUGGCUGGGACCGGCAGUCAAGGUGUUGACAAGGAGGGCGGAGCUCUAGGAGAAAAGCAGCCAAUCAGCUCGCCUUGGGAUGUUGCAUUUGGUGCUUCAGGGGUGCUAUGGAUCGCCAUGGCCGGGACCCAUCAGAUCUGGGCUCUGCUAUUAGAAGAGGGGACGUUACCCAAGGGCAGCCUCCUCCCUGGAGGAUCCUGCGUUCGCUUUGCCGGAAGUGGCAACGAAGAAAACCGGAACAAUUCGUAUCCUCACAAGGCGGGUUUUGCUCAGCCGUCCGGACUGACCGCGUGCAGGGGGGAUCCCUGGAACUGCCUGUUUGUGGCCGACAGUGAGAGCAGCUCCAUCAGAAGCGUGUCCUUCAAAGACGGAGCGGUGAAACACGUCGUGGGCGGAGAGCGCGACCCCACGAACCUGUUUGCUUUUGGUGAUGUUGAUGGGACCGGAAUUAAUGCUAAACUUCAGCAUCCUCUGGGAGUAUCAUGGGAUCAGAACCGUGGGACCCUGUACGUGGCAGAUUCAUAUAAUCACAAGAUCAAAACCGUGGAUCCGAAAUCCAAGAGCUGCGUCACGUUGGCGGGUACAGGGCAGGCUGGGAAUGCGCCAGGACCAAGCUUCAUGGAGGCGUCAUUCAAUGAACCAGGAGGUCUGUGCGCGGUGGCAGGCGGGCGGUCACUCUAUGUCGCCGACACAAAUAACCACCAGAUAAAAGUCCUGGACCUGGAGACCAAGAUGGUGUCUGUGCUCCCCAUUUUCUCCCAAGAGUCUUCCGAUUUGGUAGACAGUGCACUGCCGCAACGGAUCAAGACCCCGAAGCUGCCUAAAUCUGCUCCUAAUGUUAAGCUGGACCCUCUGCCUGUGUCCCCCGGCCGGACCCUGCAGUAUACACUGAACCUCAAGCUUCCUGCCGGGGCGAAGCCAACAGAGGGAGCCCCCAGUUUCUGGUUUCUGUUCACAGAAGGUCAUGACUGGCUUCUUGCAGGACAGAAAACCUACGGUGAGAUCGGGAGUCUCACUAAUCCUGACCAGAUAGAGGUGACGCUCCCCCUGCAGUUUCCCUGCGCCGAUCCCGAGUUGCGUAUCGGCGUCUGUGUGUACUACUGCAUCGAAGGCACCAUGUGUAUGAUGAAGUCCGUGUCCUUCUCCCAGCCGCUGCACGCCACCGCCGGAGACACGAGCAGCACCGCUCCGCUUCAUCUCUCCUACAACUUCUGACUCCACAGGCACACUGGGUGGCAGCCUGUACUCAGGGGCCUGAUGGUGGUGGCCUGGAUGUGGCAGCCUGUACUCAGGGGCCUGAUGGUGGUAGCCUGUACCCCAGUGGCCUGGAUGUGGCGGCCUGUACCCCCCUCAUGGUGGUGGCAGCCUGAUCAUCUCUAAUGGUGCUGCCAUAUUGUCAUCUUUUAGAGUAAGGCUACAUUCACACAAAAACUGCCAUUAAAAACGGACACACGGUCAAUUUUUAAGGGCCAUUCUGCAUCCAUUUUCUAGCCGUUUGUCCAUUUUUAAUGGCUGCUUUGGAUCCGGAUGAAUGUCAUAACUUUAUUUUUUUUGGAACAUCCUAACCCCUGCAGUGCCUUCAGUCUAAUUAAUAGCCACCAUAUUGCCCCCACUAUCUAUAAUUGCCCCCUGUAGUGCCCCCAGUGUCUAUAAUGCUCCCUAUGGGAGCAGGACCUGCGCACCCAGCGUCAUGACUUCACAUGAUCAUGAUGGGACUGUCAGGUUUUUGUCUUGUUUUUUUAACCCCUGAAAGGCACUUUCACCCAUUUUUAAAGGGGUUCUCC